AACAAGAUGCCAAAAUUCAGGAACCUGUUAUGUUUUCUAUCGCACGUUUUCUUGGUUUAUAUCACCAGUGUCUCCUCCGACAGCGGCGGCCCCAACGAUUUAGUAUUUAAUGUAACAUCAUGUGAUGUAUCGGGAACAAUCCAUGCCACUAAGGAUAGCCAUGUCGCGUCUGUCUUCGUGGAGUGUAAUCACAACGAAGGCGACACCCUCAAAGCCGCCGACAUAUCUGGCGGCGAUGACUUCACAAUCACUGGUUGUCCUAUAAAUAAGCCGGUGAAGAUACUAAUUUUUAAUGAGACACAUGAAGGGACAGCAGGACCUGUAGUAAAAUCACAUUCGCUGAUAAAGGAGGCUAUUGUUGUCUGUGACGGCUCAAAAAUAGCGGUCGACUACAAUGUCUCGAAUAGUCCUUUUUCUCCUACGGCUGUAACACAUAUUCCACUCACCAAUGAAUUGAGAAUUAAAGUGACAACGAUCGAUAACACCCCGGUCACCAAUGUUGAUAUAGAGCAUACGUAUAAGCUGAAAAUCACUGGUCCAGCAAAUAUGCAUAUCCUCGUUGAAUCGUGUGAUGCCGCUUCAAAUUCGGAUUUCUCAGAGCAUAACGUGAGUCUAUACGCGAACAGGUAAGAUUCUUUAAUGAGGUAUUUAACGCUUUCAUCAUGAAAAAAGUCAAAUUUAAGAAACUGGUUUU